GGAGGGUGAGCGCGCGCGCCGCCCGUCCGUCGUGGUUUCCUGGCUGCGCGAGGAGGUGGUGGAGUGGCUGCAGCUGUAGCAGCAGCCGCGAAGAUGGCGGAGGGGUUGGAGCGUGUGCGGAUCUCCGCGUCGGAGCUGCGAGGGAUCCUGGCCACCAUGGCUCCGCAGGCCGGGAGCAGAGAAAACACGAAAGAAUUAAAGGAGCCUAGGCAGCGCAAAGACAACAGGCGCCCCGAUCUGGAAAUCUAUAAGCCUGGCCUUUCUCGACUAAGGAACAAAUCUAAAAUCAAGGAGCCCUCUGUGAGUGAGGAAUUUAAGGAUGAAGUUGUUAAUGACAGAGAUUCUUCUGCUGUUGGAAAUGAUACACAACUCAUUAAAGGUGCCUGCAAGGAACUGGACAACCAACAGCAGAAUGGGCCUAUAAACCCAGAAAACAACCACGGACAGGAGUCCUUUUCUAAGAUUGCUGGACAAGAGGAUCGAAGUCUAAGAAUUAUCAAGAGAACAAAGAAACCGGACCUGCAGAUCUAUCAGCCUGGCCGGCGUUUGCAGACAGUUACCAAAGAAUCGCCUAGCCGGGUAGAUGAGGAAGAAAUCCUUAGCCAGGUAGAAAAACUGAGAGUAGAGGAAGAUGAAUGCAGGGGAAAUGCUGUGAAAGAAGAAGUCAUGAAUAAACCAGACAGAGCAGACAGAGAGAAGAGCCCAAAUGGUGACAGAGUAAGGGCUGGAAAGGGAGAAAAAGGAAAGAGGAUUGAAAAAGUGGAGGGGAUGAAGAAAGCAAAUGAUGACCCUGCCCAAGGCAAACCUGGUUCUGCAAAGCGCUACUCUCGCUCAGACAAACGAAGGAAUCGUUACCGCACUUGCAGUACUAGCUCAGCUGGUAGCAACAACAGUGCUGAGGGAGCUGGCCUUGUUGAUAAUGGAUGCCGCCGUCGCCGACAGGAUAGGACCAAGGAGAGGCCACGACUGAAGAAGCAAGUAUCUAUGUCCUCAACUGACUCCUUAGAUGAGGACAGAAUUGAUGAGCCCAAUGGAUUAGGACCCAAGAGGAGCUCAGAAAGGAAAAAACAUUUAGAAAGAAACUGGUCUGGCCGUGGGGAUGGUGAGCAGAAAAGCAAUGGCAAAGAAAAUCGAGGCACUCUUCGUGUCACUUUUGAUGCAGAAACCAUGAACAAAGAUUCUCCCAUGGUGAGGUCCACCAGGGAGGAUGAGGAUAGGAUAAAGCCCGACAGAGGCUCAAGCAGUGGGGGCAAAGUCUCUGAGAAACAGGAGUGCAAAAACCUAAAACAAGAACUUCGGGGUCGUGGUCGCGGCAUUUUGGUUCUGCCUGCCCAUACCACCUUAUCUGUGAAUUCAGCAGGUUCUCCAGAGUCUGCACCUUUGGGACCUCGGCUUUUGUUUGGAUCUGGUAGUAAGGGAUCUCGGAGUUGGGGCCGUGGAGGCACCACCCGCCGAUUGUGGGACCCAAAUAAUCCUGAUCAGAAACCUGCUCUGAAGAGUCAGGUGCCCCAGCUACAUUUCUUGGACACUGAUGAUGAAGUCAGCCCUACGUCUUGGGGUGACUCACGCCAGGCCCAAGCAUCUUACUAUAAGUUUCAAAACUCUGACAACCCCUAUUAUUACCCCCGGACACCACCAGGCCCUGCCUCUCAGUAUCCCUAUACAGGUUAUAACCCUCUACAGUACCCAGUGGGUCCUUCCAAUGGUGUGUACCCAGGACCUUACUAUCCAGGCUACCCAACUCCAUCAGGACAGUAUGUGUGUAGCCCUCUCCCUGCCAGCACCAUGAGUCCUGAGGAGAUAGAGCAGCACGUGAGGAACAUGCAGCAACAGGAGCUACAUAGGCUUCUCCGGGUGGCCGACAACCAGGAGCUGCAGCUCAGCAACCUGCUUUCCAGGGAUCGAAUUAGUCCUGAGGGCCUGGAGAAGAUGGCUCAACUCAGAGUUGAACUGCUGCAGCUAUAUGAGCGCUGUAUUCUAUUAGAUAUUGAGUUCUCUGAUAAUCAGAAUGUGGAUCAGAUCCUGUGGAAGAAUGCUUUCUAUCAGGUGAUUGAGAAGUUCAGGCAGCUUCUCAAGGAUCCGAAUGUUGAGAACCCAGAACAGAUUCGGAACAGACUUUUGGAGCUCUUGGAUGAGGGGAGUGACUUCUUUGAUAGUUUGCUUCAGAAGCUGCAGGUUACUUACAAGUUUAAACUGGAGGACUACAUGGAUGGUCUUGCCAUUCGCAGCAAGCCAUUACGCAAGACAGUGAAAUAUGCCUUGAUCAGUGCCCAGCGAUGUAUGAUUUGCCAAGGAGAUAUUGCUAGAUAUCGGGAGCAAGCUAACGAUACAGCAAACUAUGGAAAAGCACGCAGUUGGUACCUGAAGGCCCAGCACAUUGCUCCUAAGAAUGGGCGACCCUAUAACCAGUUGGCUUUACUGGCAGUGUAUACGAGGAGGAAGCUUGAUGCUGUAUAUUACUAUAUGCGCAGUUUAGCUGCCAGCAACCCUAUCCUAACUGCCAAGGAGAGUCUCAUGAGCUUGUUUGAAGAGACUAAACGAAAGGCAGAACAAAUGGAAAAGAAGCAACAUGAGGAAUUUGAACUGAGCUCUGAUCAAUGGAGGAAAGGAAAGAGGUCAACUUUUCAGCAUGUUGGUGAUGACACCACUCGCCUGGAGAUCUGGAUUCAUCCAUCCCAUCCACGGUCCUCCCAGAGCACUGAGUCCGGGAAGGAUUCUGAGCAGGAGAAUGGGCUGUGCAGCCUGAGUCCCAGUGAUCUGAACAAAAGGUUCAUCCUCAGUUUUCUCCAUGCCCAUGGGAAGCUGUUUACCCGGAUUGGGAUGGAGACAUUCCCUGCAGUGGCUGAGAAGGUCCUCAAGGAGUUUCAUGUGUUGCUGCAGCAUAGCCCCUCUCCUAUUGGAAGCACUCGCAUGCUGCAGCUUAUGACCAUCAACAUGUUUGCUGUACAUAACUCUCAGUUAAAAGACUGCUUCUCAGAGGAGUGUCGCUCUGUGAUCCAGGAGCAAGCUGCAGCCCUGGGCUUGGCUAUGUUUUCCCUACUGGUACGGCGCUGCACCUGCUUACUUAAGGAGUCUGCCAAAGCUCAGCUGUCCUCUCCUGAGGAUCAGGAAGACCAAGAUGACAUCAAGGUGUCUUCCUUUGUCCCGGACCUGAAGGAACUGCUUCCCAGUGUGAAAGUCUGGUCAGACUGGAUGCUCGGCUACCCAGACACCUGGAAUCCUCCGCCCACAUCCCUGGACCUGCCCUCACAGGUUGCUGUGGAUGUGUGGUCAACGCUGGCUGAUUUCUGUAACAUACUGACUGCAGUGAAUCAGUCUGAGGUGCCACUGUACAAGGACCCGGACGAUGACCUCACCCUUCUUACCCUGGAAGAGGAUCGGCUUCUCUCAGGCUUUGUCCCCUUACUGGCCGCUCCUCAGGACCCCUGCUACGUGGAGAAAACCUCGGAUAAGGUUAUUGCAGCCGACUGCAAAAGGGUCACAGUGCUGAAGUAUUUUCUGGAAGCCCUUUGUGGACAAGAAGAACCUCUGCUGGCAUUCAAGGGUGGAAAAUAUGUGUCAGUGGCACCCGUCCCAGACACCAUGGGAAAGGAAAUGGGAAGCCAAGAGGGAAAACAACUGGAAGAUGAGGAGGAGGACGUGGUGAUUGAAGACUUUGAGGAAGAUUCAGAGGUCGAAGGCAGUGGGGGCGAGGAUGACAUCAGAGAACUUCGGGCCAAGAAGCUAGCUCUGGCCAGGAAGAUAGCUGAGCAGCAGCGUCGCCAAGAAAAGAUCCAGGCUGUCCUGGAGGACCAGAGCCAGAUGAGGCAGAUGGAGCUUGAGAUCAGACCCCUGUUCCUUGUACCAGACACCAACGGCUUCAUUGACCACCUGGCCAGUCUGACACGGCUGCUGGAGAGCAGGAAGUACAUCCUGGUGGUGCCCCUUAUCGUGAUCAAUGAGUUGGACGGCCUGGCCAAGGGGCAGGAGACAGACCAUCGAGCUGGGGGCUACGCUCGCGUGGUACAAGAAAAGGCCCGCAAGUCCAUCGAAUUCCUCGAGCGGCGAUUCGAGAGUCGGGACUCUUGCCUACGGGCCCUGACCAGCCGUGGCAAUGAACUUGAAUCUAUCGCCUUCCGCAGUGAGGAUAUCACUGGCCAGCUGGGUAACAACGAUGACCUGAUCCUCUCCUGCUGCCUUCACUACUGCAAAGACAAGGCUAAGGACUUCAUGCCCACCAGCAAAGAAGAGCCAAUCCGGCUACUGCGGGAGGUGGUGCUGUUGACUGAUGACCGGAACCUGCGUGUGAAAGCACUGACAAGGAACGUGCCUGUGCGGGACAUCCCAGCCUUCCUCACAUGGGCCCAGGUGGGCUGAGGGGGCCACACCAGGGCCCACCCCCAUGGAACCGUUCCUGAAAGGCCACAAGGCACCCAGUGUAGCACGGAAGAUGCCCAUGUGCCUGAGCCACCAAUCCACCCAGACAAUAAACCAUCCUCUUCCAACCCACGCCGUGGCCAUGCUGUGGGGGAGCUGCUCCUCACAGAGCCCCUCCCAAGGGUUGGGCGGAAGCUGCUGGGACCCUCCUGGGCUGCCGAGAUUUAGUAGGGAGGUGGUUGGCUACAGCGACAGCAGGUGGGCAAGCCAGAGAGGCUGCCCAAGCUCUCAGCCUCUCUCCCUUCCCUUGUCUCAUUUCAAGGCUGAGGGAGGGCCUCUCACCCUGGGACUCAGCCAUUCUCUGACAGAGAUGGCAGGCGUUUUAGAGUUUUCAUCAGAUGCAGGCGAAUCAUAGGUUCCUUUAAUCUUCAGAACCUCUGUCCUGAAUAUGUUCAAGGAGCUUCAGUUAUUUCACAAAAUUGCCCAGGGUGUGUCUCUAUCUCACUGAGGCCUGGAUUUGAAUUCCCCUGGACCUAAGUUGGGUUCUGGAUGCCAUGUCCCUAACAGCAGCCCUGGGCCCCCACCUUCUCUAUCCCCAACCUUACACAUACCCCUAUCCUCUGCUCUUCUUUCUGCCCUUAUCAGUCUGGGUCUUUUGCACUCCUGAACAGUAGAGGAAGGGACAUCUGGUCUCAGGCCCCAUACAUCCUGGUGGCCUUUGCCUGCUCUUUCCCCUCAUUGGCCUUCCUUUCUCUCUAGUUCCCUCUUCAGGAAAUUUCCUCAGACUCUACUCAAUUCCCCUCUUCCCUCUUCUUGUCCUCCUUCCCUCCAGAACACCCCCUUACCCUCCUUCCCUUUCUAGUGGAUCCCUUCCACCUCCCUGAUGCCCUCAACUUCCUCACCUCAGUUCUGUGUCUUAUGGGUUCUCACUCUGAAUCUUCCUCUUCUCCUACCUGUGGCAGAAACCUAGUAAAGCUUUCCCACCCAUGUCCUUCUACCCCAGGCCCCUGUGCUCUUGAGAAACUUCCCAGGCUUACAUAGCCCAGACAGUAAAACAGUCCAGUGCCAGGGUGUAACAUUGCCUAGCCUGGAGUUUUUGUCAUUUCUGCCUUUUCCCUUGACUUCCCAGAAGAAAUGAUGCAGGAGCCCUUUAGCAUUUGAGUGUUUUGUUGUCCUUUUAGCUGAUACCCAUGUUCAGAACCUCAGCAGGAAGGCUUCCUGCUGGAAAUGAGUUCCUCCAACCCAGGGGCAGGGAUAAGGACUAGGGAAAGACAGGGUUUUGGUGGAGCCAGGGGUAAAUCUUGGUGGGACCAGUGGGGAAACAGAGCCCAUACUCUUGACUGUACAGCCUGCACAGGGGAUGGGAGCACGGCUCUGGCCGCCCUGAGGGCCAGGACUAUGACAGAGGGAGGGGAGACUAUGCAUGAGAGCCAAGGCCAAUAGUUUUGGGAUCAUGAGUCCCCCAGACCCUCAGAAGACUGAGCUGGGGUAUAGGGUCCCUGCCUCUCCUUUUAUAUCCCCUGACAAAACUGAUGACUGGGUGGGAGGGAGACACAUCUCUCCUUUCUGUCCCAUUUGCAGCACUGGUUUUGUUUCCUUAAUAAAUUUUUAGUUUCGAAACAUACCUGACCUCUUGCUGAUCUCUUUGUGGGACUGGGGAGGUCCAAGGUCCAAGCCCCUGCACCUGUGUGAGGG